UCCAGCUCAGAGCGUCAGUCUCUCAUUCAACUAUGAGAUCUGACUGUCUCUCCCUUUUCAUCUUUCACGCUCGUCUCUUCAACUCCGCCAAGUUACUUUUCCGAAUAGUUCGACUUUACUUUUUUUGAAGUGACGACCAAACAUGGCAACUUCGGCUGCUCCGGCGCUACUCCCCGCGGCUCCACUCGGUCACCACCCGGCUCCGAGUUCCGUGUCCCCGGCCACCAACUCUCCGCCACCCGCCGCCGUCUCCGUCUCCGCUGCCUCUUCGCCGGCUGUCCCCGUGUCUCACCCGGCGCUCCUUCACCAGUUCAGAGCGGACCUCUUGCUGUCCAACGGGACGCUGAAGAGCGCGGCUUCCCCGGUGUCCGGGGGCUGUAAGCCCGUGUACGCCACCCCGUCGCCCGUGGAGAGCACGCCGCAGAACAACGAGUGUAAAUUGGUGGAAGUGAAGGGAGCCAAACUCGCUUCCUUCACCGUCAAAGACACCGAACUUAUCUGCCUCCCGCAAGCCUUCGACGUGUUCCUCAAGCACCUGGUCGGCGGGCUCCACACCGUCUACACCAAGCUGAAGCGGCUGGACAUUACUCCGGUGGUGUGCAACGUGGAGCAGGUGCGGGUCCUGCGGGGGCUCGGCGCCAUCCAACCCGGGGUGAACCGGUGCAAACUCAUCUCCAAGAAAGACUUCGAGAUCCUCUACAACGACUGUACCAAUGCCAGCUCCAGACCUGGACGACCGCCCAAGCGGCUGCAGAGUGUGACGGAGGGCGGGACUCACCACAUGUUGGCCCACAGUGGGCUGAUGCACGCUGGGAUCAUGCCUCCUGCAGAUCUUUCAGCCUUGGCGAAAAAGAUCAAGUUGGAGGCAAUGGGUGGUUACCACAAUAACCAUCAACACGGAGGCCCAAACGGAGAGAAUGGCGAUCAUAGUCCUGGUCUAGUUCUGGACCAGUUGCCCUUCAUGAUGAUGUCACAUCCUCUGAUUCCUGCCAGUCUGGCACCAGCCUCCGUUUCCAUGGCGAUGGGCCAGAUGAACCGUCUGAGCACGCUGGCCAGCAUGGCACAGCUCCACGCCAGCCCCCCCACCAGGGCUCCCACCUCCGUCAUUAAGGAGCGAGUCCAUGGCAGCAGUCCCUCGCCGUCUCCAUCUCUGGACGAAGCACAGCUGUCGUCCAAUCACAGCAGCAGCGUGUCGAGUUCACCCGCUCACACGGAUCGCAACACAGAAGCGACACACUCAGUCCAUGACAGCCUGUCAUCAAGUCACAGCCAUGGCAUGUUGGGACAGUCCCCUAGUGGGCCGCCCGGACUCAGAGAGACAGAGUCUGUGGACUACAGCAAAGAGCACAAGCAGGGACGCGCCGACAGAGACAGCAACUCAUUGGCCACGCACACCUGCAGGGAGAGCAGUGACAGACAAGUCUACCACAAACCCCCGUCAGGCAGGGAGGUCUGCGAGCGGGUGUCUUACUCUGCAGGACAGAAACUCACAGCAGGUCUUCAGCACGCUCCCUUUAUCUUCCCAGAAGGCUUGUCCUCCAUAGAGACGCUCCUCACUAACAUCCAGCAGGGUCUGCUGAGGGUUGCCAUAGAGAAUGCGCGGGCACAGGAGAAGCAGGACCACCUGGAGAGGACGGAGCUGAAAAUGGAGCUGGUCCGAGAGAGAGAGCUGCGAGAGACGCUGGAGAGACAGCUGAGCGUGGAGCAGAAAAACAGAGUCAUGAUCCAGAAGCGUCUGAAGAAAGAGAAGAGGAGUAAGAGGAGACUACAGGAGGCUCUGGAGGAGGAGGUCAAACUGCGUGACCAGGCGGAGCACAGCAUGCUGCACAACACACACACAGAGUCGGUGACCCAGGACUUGGACGAGAGCAACCAUGGCGACGACAGCCGGCUGGACUCCAACACAGCAGUGCAAGAAGGCAGAGUUUUCCUCCAGGCUGCGGCAAUGUACUGAAGAUGAAAGACAAAUGGAUGGAUGAAGGGAAAGAUGGACUUACAGUAACAUUUUGUGUACAAACGAAGAACAGGCGGCAGCGCAGUUACGCGUCUCCUCACUGGAACUUUGGAAGGGUGACAUUUCGUUCAUCUUUUUGUUUAAUUUAUUACAUUUAUCAUCCAAUCUUGACUGUAUUCAGAACAAUGCUGAUAAUGUGUUUGACUUUUUUCCAACCAGGAUUUUUAGACCUUAGGUGAAGUUGUUGUUUGAUAUGUGUUGUUUAUCUGGACACAAGUGACAUUACUUGUAACAGAGUUGUGUACAUAUACAGUAUAUAUAGCCCCCCUUUUGGUAUUAUAAGGUUACAAACUUAAUGGCAUGUUGUACAGUCAGUACAUGACUUGUAUUGUGUAUGUAAUGCAGUAGUCCUGUUUGGCAAUAUAAAGAAUACAAAUACUUUUUAUGAAGGUGUCUGUUGUCCUUUUUAAUGACCUGCUUGAUUUUAAUGGGAUGUUUUCCUUCUGUUUUCAAACAAUAACAGGGUAUUCCCACAACUUCAACAAAAAAGCCUUUGUAUUCAUACUGGCAAACUUAAGGCCAUUGUAGUUGUUUUGGAAAUUUUGCAUUUGACCUUAAUAUUUGAAUGAAUAAAACAAAGCCAAUCAUGCUCAUGUAGGUUUUCUUUUUUUAGUCUCACGUUAUUAUUAUGUUGAUUUAUAUUCAGAUUUUAAGAAUAUACUUUUCUGUAUAAUUCUCUUCAUUUUAAUGUGUUUCCGUUUCUGUUACCACAUAUGUUUCUUACUGAAGGGCCUCAUGUGACGCCACAAUCUCUUUCCAUGGAAUUUUUUUUUCUUUUUUCUU